CGGAUUAGGGAUGAGCAUUAAAACUCACAUUGAGCCUCAUGUGCUUUCUACCCAUCCUGUCCUGCUUGCUACAUUUCUGUCAGUCAGUCAAUCGGAGUGAACAAAGCGGUUGUCAACAUGAGCGUCUCUGGAAUCCAUCAAGGCACACUCAGGAUGUAUGGAGGAUUUCUUUUCAAACAAUGGAAGAAGAGGUUCCUGCUCCUGACAGCUGAAGGCGGCCUUUUUGUGUGUCACCACGUUUCAGCUCCACCUGACCAGCUGGUGUUGUUGCAGAACAGCUGUGAGGCCAUUGUGGAGGGCAAGGAGAUCCUUGACCUUCCAAAGAUGCCUGCUGGCGGAAGCCGAGAUUGCUGCUUCGCUCUCAUCUUGACCCAAAAUAAAUACCUGCUCCUGAUGGCCGACACCCCUGCAGACUGCAGUCAAUGGUUGAACGUGCUGAAAAAAGUCAAACAAAGCGUCUCGUCACCUCUUAGUCUUUGCAAGCGGCAUCAGGUGCCGCCGCUCAAUAUUGCUCUGAAAGACCUGGUACCCGAUCAAAUCCAGGAUAAAGAUCCACCGACCCCACCGAUCAGCAAUGGCGAGGCACUUUCACCUGGGCCUCUGAUUGGCUCCCCAAAGGACAAAGGCAGGGAUUCUCCACGCACAAAGUACUACAAAGGAGGCAGGCCCUCGGUGGGCUGCCUGCGUCACGGCACCAUCAACAACACUCAGACGGUGAGGGCCGUCUACCUGCUGAUGGGAGGGGCCGCCGCGUCGUCUGCUAUGGGCUACUUAGGCUCGUGCUCACCCUCCGGCCUGGACGCCAAAGCUCCCGACCUGCCCCUCAGCGCAGACUUCUCAGAUGUGGGACCGGCAGGGGCGUACCACACUGACAGCCCCGCCAUCACCUCCCCACACUUUAACAGCUUUGACUUUGAAAUGGCAGACGCUGAUUUUAACGCUUUUGAUUGUGGGGGGUUUACUUUUUGAUAGUUGCAAGACUCCCCUUCUGUCCCACCGUGACAACAACCAGUGCAACACGCCUUGUGCUUUGUGCAUAACUACCCACACUGUGUAUGUUUAAAAAAAAAUAUAUAUAUAUAUAUAUAUAACAUAAUCAGCACUGUCAGUGAUUGUAGAUUUUGGUAAAAUGUCAAUUUAAGAUGUAUGUUUAGGAAAUCUACUAACCCUACCACUGAGUUAGAUAGACCUGAACUUAACCUAAUGCUGUAAAGUAAAAACCUCAUCAUCACACACUGUUAAUCCCUCAAAUGUGAACUUUUACAUUAAGUAAAACUAAUAUGUUGUGUAUACGUGCUACUUUGUCUUGUUCAGCAAACAAAACGUCCUUGCAGUAGCAGGCGUCUCAAAUAGGUAGCAACUAGCACCGGAUUUUGAGAAGCUCACCAAAAAAUGGUCAUAAACUAUGUGUGGUCUUUUUAGGAGACACAUGAACCCAAAUAGCACGCAUUGACAAUCAUUGUAGUAAGUGCAAUCAAAUGUUAACAAAGUAAAACACAAGUAGCUUGUCUCAUUUCAUUUGAAGAGUUGGAGACACGUACCUGCUCUAUCCACACACAGACAGGUGCAAAUCAUACAAUCUAAUGUAUAAUACAAAAUUGCAUUUUCACACAUAGAUUAAAGGUUUCACAAAUCAUAAACUUUGUUAAAUUGACUCAUUACACAAAGUGUAUUUAUAUUUGUGUUGCAUUGAUGUUUUUUGUUCUUAUUUUGCUCUAGUGACAAAAUUAAUCGAUGAUGUGACAGUAUCUGUUUGGUGUUGACUUUUUAUUGCCCACCCCUCAAAUCGGUCAGCCUUGUAAAAAUGACAAAAAUAAACAUGCAGUUGUUUGUAUUAUUGUGCUUUACAUUUGUAGUUGUGUAAGUGGACUGUAUUAUACUGAGAAGUGUUGUCACUUAAUUAUCUUACAUAUUUUAAACUGACGACAAUCAUGAACAGGGUUUGAAUUAUUAUUUUUUACUAAUCUUGUGGAAAAUUAGUAGGGGUGCACAAAAAAAUAGUUUUGCAUCCUGAUUCAAAAUUGAUUCAUCCAUCCAUUGAUUUUCUACCACUUGUCCCUUUCGGGGUCGCGAGGGGUGCUGGAGCAUAUCUCAGCUGCAUUCGGGCGGAAAGCGGCGUACACCCUGAACAAGUCGCCACCUCAUCGCAGGGCCAACACAGAUAGAUAGACAACAUUCACACACCAGGGCCAAUUUAGUGUUGCCAAUCAACCUAUGCCCAGGUGCAUGUCUUUGGUUCAUAAUUUUCGAAAAUCGAUUUAAAACAUUCUUUUUUUUGGUUAAGAAUUACAUUUUAAAAUGACUUUUUUAGGCCAUCUCCAUGCAACCAAAAUGAGCUUUUAUAACCUGUAACAUGUUAUGAAUUUGUUUUAUUAUAAUUGUUAAACCAAAUAAAUCAAUUCGAAUUGAGAGUCGUGUUGACUCCAGAAUCGGAUCGAAUCAGAAACCCCUAAA